AUCUGUUCGGUCACUCCGAGAUAUCAUGGCUCUCGCUAGCCUCAAGGACCAUACGUCCUCCAUACUGCCGUCAUUGUCAUAUACGGAGUUGCUUGCAUUCGCUGGAACUACUUAUGCGAUAUACAGCGUCUUAAGAAUCAUCUAUCGUCUUACGCUCCAUCCACUCGCAAAGUAUCCUGGCAAUUUCAUUGAGAAGAUAUCUGAUUGGCCUUUGAUCUAUUACUGCUAUAAUGGCGAUAGACAUCUACGUAUUCAAGAAGCACACAGGAAAUAUGGCACCGUCGUCCGUAUCGGACCCAACACGCUCGACUUCAACACCGCAACUGCUCUCAGCGCCAUCCACCGUGAUCGAAACGCCAAUGUCAAGAAGGCUGAUUGGUACGACACCGUAGACGCUGGUUCCGGAGCUAGAAGUGUUCAAUCAGUAGUGGACAAACCUUAUCAUGCUUUCAGGAGAAAGAUGCUUCUCCCUGCGUUCUCUGAAACAGCGUUGAGGGAGCAUGAGAAGUUUAUUGAUAACAACGUAACGACCAUGAUUGACGAGAUGUGUAAGGAGUGCAAUCAGGAGGAUAGCAAGGAUGUCUGGACGAGCCCAGUAGAUUUCAUGCUCUUUGCUGCAUGGUAUGGAUUCGAUUACACAGCGGACCUGGCCUUCGGAUCACCGAUGAAGUUGCUGGAAAAUGAGCACAGAUAUGUGCCGGAUGUAGUGAAGUGGACGAGCCAGUUCUUAUACUAUGUUGGCUAUCUCCCAUUUGCACCACUCAUACGCCCCAUAUUGAUACACACCUCAGUAAUAAAACACUUACCUUCCAAAAACACCCGCGACACCGCCAAAUUCUUCCAAAUCGGCGAGGAGAGACUCGUAGCACGCCAAGCUGCCGAAGAAAGAUCAGUCGAAAAUGACAAGGACGUCCGCCGCGAUAUCUUCCACUACAUCUUCCACGCUCGGGACGAAACCGGCGUCGCACUCUCCCAGGAGGAGAUGAUCGCAGACGCCUCUUUCUUCCUCGCGGCGGGCAGCGAUGGCGUUGGUAUUGCACUAAGCGCAGCGCUGUUUUACCUUCUCCAGAAUCCAGAAUCGCUGACAACGCUUACGACCGAGCUGCGAAGCUCAUUUGCGUCAGUUGAUGAGAUCCGCUUGCCGAAGCUGAACCAGCUUCCCUACCUUUAUGGCGUCGUCGAGGAAGCUCUGCGGCUAGUCCCCUGCGUUUCGUCCCAAUUUCCCCGUGAAGUCCUUCCCGGCGGCAUGACUGUCGAUGAUCAAUACAUUCCCGCCGGAACCGUAGUUGGCACGUCCCCGUACGCGUUGCAUCAUAACGAGGAGAAUUACCCAGACAGCUUUGCGUUCAAGCCAGAGCGCUGGCUGGGGGAUGAGGAGAGCGUAGCACGGGCGAAGAGCGCAUUCAACACAUUCAGUGUCGGCCAGUAUAACUGUAUUGGGAAGAAUGUGGCAUAUCUUGCCAUCAAGCUCGUCAUAGCGAAACUACUGUGGGGUUAUGAAGUCAGAGUGCCUGAGGAGGUGGGCUUGAUUGGAGGAGGGGGGAGAGGUGCGUGGAAAGGAGAUUUGAGAAGGGAGAAUGAGUAUCAGUUGUUGGACUAUCUAGUGGGAUAUAGGGAGGGGCCCAUUGUACAAUUCCGGAAGAGGAAGGUAUAAAGUUGGAGGUAACGAUUUGAGCGUGUAGGAAGAACUCUGAUUUCUAGAUGAAGCGCCUUCUAGAGACUUGCACACAAUCGUUUUCCUGGGCGCUCGGUCUUUGUCAAAGAGUAGAAAUUCCUGGCACUAAAGACAUGAAAGUUUUCGAGGUUGAUGCCGUCCCGGCAACUAUACGCGGCAAUCUGUAUUCCGACUACUGGCACUACAAUGGCGCUCUCAGCUUUGAACCUAUUUCACAGAUGUUUAUAAUAGAUACGACAUCCCUCAUCGCCAUCGCUAAGCGCCGUGUUUUUUCAGUUCUGCGAGACAAUGACUCCAUUCGGUUGAGCAAGAACGACAUUGAUGUGUCAUUUGAACUAGUUGUAU